AUGGGGGCGCAGUUAAAACCCAAGUCUCAAGGUGGAAUGGAUCCUAAGAAAAUUCAGGAACGACAUCAAAAACGUCUCGCUGCUUCUGGACAAAAGCCAACAUUUGGCGAGUUAGACGUGCGAAGGCGGAACCAAAUCGCCUACGGUACAACUGGGGAGAUGGUCAUGAGACCACCACCUGGUGCUGGAGGUAGAAGUAGUACAAAGGGACAAGGAAAAGUGGGAGUUGUAGGUGGUAGUUCUUCGAGUAGUAGCGACAACAACAUGUUUUUCG